CUCUAUGUCAUGAUAAUUACCAUUGUCCUAUACAUUAUUACCCCUUCCUCUUCCUUUAUAUAACAACUUCAUUCCUCUCACAUCUUCCUUCAAAAUCAUUCUCAAUAUUCUCUCUUUCUCUCUCUAUAAUUAUAUAUAUAUUUCAUUUUCUCUCUCAAUGGAGUUGGAUAGUGUAUUGAAAUUUCUUGAGAACAAGACCAUUUUGGUGACUGGUGCUACUGGCUUUCUGGCAAAGAUUUUUGUGGAGAAAAUACUUAGGGUUCAACCUAAUGUGAAAAAACUCUACCUUCUUUUAAGAGCGUCUGAUGUCAAAUCGGCCACACAACGUUUGAAUACCGAGAUUCUCAACAAAGAUUUAUUCAAAGUAUUAAAGGAAAAAAUGGGUGGAAAUUUCAACAAUUUUGUUGGAGAAAAAAUAUGUGUGAUGGGAGGAGACAUUACUUGUGAGGAUUUGGGAGUAGAAGACUCUAAUUUGAGACAUCAAAUGUUGACUCAAUUAGAUGCAAUUGUUAAUUUGGCUGCAACCACAAAUUUUGAUGAAAGAUAUGAUGUUUCACUAUAUCUCAACACAAUGGGACCUAAGUAUGUAUUGAACUUUGCCAAGCAGUGUACCAAAUUAAAGAUUCUAGUUCAUGUCUCCACAGCUUAUGUUGCAGGAGAAAAGGAAGGAGUAAUUGUUGAAAGUCCAUGUGAGAUGGGUGAGAGUCUUAAUGGUGCAAUUGGUUUAGAUAUCAAUAAUGAGCUAAAUCUUCUCCAACAAAAACUCAAACAACUUCAACCUAAUAAUUCUGAUCUUACAAACUCCCAAAUUACUCUUGCUAUGAAAGAUUUUGGUCUCCAAAGGGCUAAGGAAUUUGGAUGGCCAAACACAUAUGUAUUCACAAAGGCAAUGGGAGAAAUGAUAUUAGAAGAAGAAAAGGCAAAUAUAAAUGUUGUGAUAUUAAGGCCUACCAUUGUUACAAGCACUUACAAAGAACCCUUUCCAGGUUGGGUUGAAGGGAUUAGAACAAUUGAUAGUAUGGCAGUGGGAUAUGCUAAAGGAAAAUUGACAUGUUUUCUAGGUGAUUUGGAGUCCAUUGUUGAUGUUAUUCCAGCUGAUUACGUAGUGAAUGCCAUAGUUGUAGCUAUGGCAGUUCACGGGAACGAUCCUUACUUAAAUAGAAAAAUCUAUCAAGUGGGCUCGUCGAUGAGAAACCCUGUGAAAUACCGAGAACUCCAAGAGUUUGGGUAUCGUUAUUUCUCAAUGAAACCAUGGAUAAACAAGGAUGGAAAGCCUAUCAAGGUUCAAAAGGUUACAAUUUUGAGUGACAUGGAAAGCUUCCAAAGAUACAUGACCAUUCGUUACUUGCUCUUCUUAAAGGGUUUGGAAUUGGUGAACAAUGCAUUUUGCCAAUAUUUUCAAGGAACAUAUCUUCAUCUUAGUAGAAAGAUUAAAUAUGUUAUGAGACUUGUGGAGCUAUACCGACCUUACUUAUUCUUCAAAGGAGUAUUCGAUGACAUAAACACAGAAAGAUUGAUAAUGGAAACGAAGGAAAGUGGGAUUGAAACAGAAAUAUUUUACUUCGACGCAAAGACAAUCAAUUGGGAAGAAUAUUUUCUCACUGUUCAUGUUCCUGGCAUAGUCAAAUAUGUUUUCAAAUGAUAUAUAAUUAAUUAAUUAAUUCAAAUUGUUUUAAAUUAUAUUAUAAUUAUUAUUUUAUAAAUAAUUAAUAUUGGUUUAUUGUGAACUCAAUUAUAUUAUUGUUUAUUUGUAUUAAUAUCUUAAUUAUAAAUUUAAUAUAUAUACGUCUGAAACAUAUGCAUGCAUGCAUGCAUGCAUGGUACGUACUACGUGCUAAUAUUGAAUGUAA